AUGCAGACACCCGGUGCGCUUCGUCUUGUGGCCCUUACUGCGAUGGCUUUGCUUUCUGCUAUGACCACAAACGCUCAGCUGGCCGGUUCUAAUACGGCCGAAGUUCAUCCUCCACUAAAGACCCAAACCUGUACCAAAAGUGGGUGCACUAAUGAGGCCACUUCUAUCGUGCUAGACUCUAAUUGGCGCUGGGUGCACAAAGAGGGCACUUCAACCAAUUGCUACACUGGCAACAAAUGGGACAAGACUAUCUGCACGGACCCAAAGACGUGCGCAUCAAGCUGUGCGGUUGACGGAGCUGAUUACACUGGAACGUAUGGGAUCAAGACUGAGGCUAGUAGCUUGAGCUUAAAACUGGUGACUAAUGGUCCGUACAGUACCAAUAUUGGUUCCCGUGUGUACGUCAUGGACUCUGACGAGACUUACAAGCUAUACAAGCUACUGAAUAAAGAGUUCACGUUCGACGUGGAUGUGUCCGAACUUAAUUGUGGUCUUAACGGUGCUCUAUACUUUGUUGGGAUGGAGGCUGAUGGUGGAUCAAAGCGGUACCCCAGCAAUAAGGCAGGUGCAAAAUACGGCACUGGAUACUGCGAUGCCCAAUGCCCGCGAGACAUCAAGUUCAUUAGUGGAGAAGCAAACAUUCUUGAUUGGGUACCGAGCAAGACGGACCCCAACGCCGGCACCGGCAAGUACGGCUCGUGCUGUGACGAGAUGGAUAUCUUGGAGGCAAAUAGUAUCAGUAACGCAUACACGAGCCACCCAUGCACCUCAUCAACAAAGACUGCCGGAGCUUACCGCUGCAUGAGUGACAAGGAAUGUGGUGUUGAUAAGGCACGCUACGAAGGUGUGUGUGACAAGGAUGGCUGCGACUUUAACCCGUACCGUAUGGGUAACCUGACGUUUUUCGGCCGAGGUUCGAAAUAUACGAUCGAUACGACGAAGAAGUUCACGGUGGUGACUCGAUUUAUCACGGACGAUAACACGGCGGAGGGCACUUUGAUUGAAAUCACUCGCUUCUACGUGCAGGAUGGUGUGACCCACGAGAUGCCUCACUCUACCUUUUCGCCCGUCAAGAGCAUGAAUUCUUUAACGGACAAGAAAUGCAAUGCAGCCAAGAAGUUUUUCGGUGAUAAAAAUGACCACGCGGCUAAGGGUGGCCUUAAGCAACUGGGUCUUUCCAUGAAGCGCGGCAUGGUGUUGACCAUGAGUUUAUGGACAGACAACGUGGCUCAGUGCUUGUGGUUGGACUCGGACUACCCCACGACGGCCGAUUCGUCCAAACCCGGUGUCUCACGUGGUACGUGCGAUACUACAUCAGGUGUCCCAAAGGAGGUCAUUGCUGCGCAGGCAGAUGCUAGCGUUCACUUUAGCAAUAUCCGUAUUGGUACCAUUGGAACGACGGUGAAAGGCAUCAGUGUCAAAAAGACUCCGUCAAGUAAUUAUGUAGCCAACGAAGCUGAUCUUGAGGUUGCUGGCGAGGCUGAUCUUGAGGUUACUGGCCAGGCUGAUCUUGAAGCUGAUAACAAGGCCGACAAUGAGACUGAGACUGAUGACGACGAAGACAAGGAAUCGGAAUCUAAAAAGAUUCCUAUCACGUCAGCUAGUGCUUGCAAACGUCGUCGCCAAUAG